AUGAAAUUCUCCACCGCUGCUAUCUUCACCGCCGUUGCUGGUUCCGCUUUCGCUGGUUACGCUAACUCCACUGUCACUGAAGUUGGUACCACCAUCAUCACUGUUACUUCUUGUGAAGAAAACAAAUGUACUGAAGUUCCAGUCACCACCGGUGUUGUUACCGUCACUGAAAUUGACACUACCUACACCACUUACUGCCCAUUGACUUCUGAAGAAGAAUCUACCAAAGCUCCAGAAUCUACUUCUGCUAACUCCACUGCUCCAUCUGUUUCUACUGCUGAAGCCGGUGCUGCUGCUAACGCUGCCCCAGUUGUUGCUGCUGGUUUGUUGGCUUUGGGUGCUUUCAUGUAA